AUGCUCGCGCGCGAAAGAGCGGAGAACGAUGAGAUGUGGGGGCGAGUUACGCGUGAGGACUAUAACUCAAGACUGCGCGCGGUCCAACACGUGCGCUACAGAUUGGUCGAAGGCAUCGUUCGAAGCGGCAUCAUGAAUGAUUUUUCCGUCGUCACAGCGUCGCUGGCGGUUAGAUACAUGGACUAUUUCUUGACCACGAGCGGAUACCAGAUCGGAAACGAUUCAUUUUGGCUGUAUCAGUUGCUGUCGGCGGCCUGUCUGUUCAUCGCUUGCAAAUUCGAAGAACCCGCGAACAAUCUUCGAAAUAGUGUGGGUACGAGAUUGCAGCUGUCGAACGAUAUCUCGUUUGACCUCGCAUCGCUGAAGAAGAUGGAAGCCAUCGUCCUUCGGGAGUUGAAGUGGAAAGUCUCGCGUAUAACGCCGCUUUGUUUCGUCCCGAUCUUCUUUCGGUUAGUCGACUGCAAAGGGUUAGUUUGGCCGCAGCGAGACGGUUUCGAUAUCGACAUGAGAAUCGCCAUCUUGAGAGAAGCCGAGCUUCUGACGACGACGGUGUUGUACGAUGCAAGUGCACUGUGUUACUUCGAAAGCAGCGUGAUCGCGAAGGCCAUCAUUUGCAUUUUACUGGCAAAAUUUUGUGACGACAUCGGCAGCGAUGAAAUUGUGCCCACGGUAACGAUGAACAUCUUGAAGAAAGUGUACGCGGACGGCGACGCCGAUUACUUUUCCUACGUGAUUCGUCGGGUGACAGAAUGCGUGCGCAUUAUCGAAGGAAUGAAGGCGACUCUGAAACAGUACGCAGAGUCGAUGGAACAUUUGUGA